CACCAUAAGUUACUACAAGAUAGUGAAUAUAGUUCCCUGUGCACUACAGUACGAACUUGUUGUUUAUCUAUUUUAUAUAUAGUGGUUAGUAUCUGCAAACGAUCAGGGUUUCAGGCUUGUACAUGUUGGCUGCUGCAUCCACUGACCACACCACGGGCCUGGCAACCACCAUACCAAGUUUAUUUUGGAAGACAGUGUACAUAUGAGCUAGACAUUAAAACCCUUGAAAAAUCAGGAAUAUUUAAAAGAACUGCUCAUUAUAUGUGUAACUUGAUUAUAGAACAUUGCUAUUAUUAUUUUAUUUUCAAUAAAAGGUUUUUAGUGACUCUUCAGCAAUGUUAGAAGCUGAGUUGAAUUUCUUACAUUAUAAGGAAAUGGAUCGUAAUUUGAUUAUUAUGUAAUAUUAGUAUUCUGUUUCAACUGUUCUUAUUUCAUUGUUGUUUCUAAAGUUCAGCGGUUUAAAGUGACUUCAAAUCUUAUUAGGAUAACCUUGAUUGUUUUACUGAUUUCCAAACUUGUAAGUGCUGAGUCUACAGAUCUACCUGGAAAGAGAACCAUUUUAAGUUGAAUCAGAAUGACAUCACCAUCAUACCUGUAAAACCUAAAAUGUCUGAUAAAGUAGAUUCCUAUGUCUAAACUUCAAUUUUAAGGCACAGCUGUAGAUGCGGGACUGAUGCCAUCUGGUGUGAUUCCACAGAAUAAGAGAGAAAAUUUACCCAGAGUGUGCCAUGCACUGGCUUUUCUGGGAAUGACAAGGUGCCAGGGUUUGUUUUUGGUUCACUUGCAGGGGUGGAAACUUGGAACUAGGUUCCAAGACAGUUGCUGCAGUUCCCCGCAAGAAGACGGAGGAAGCCCAAAGGAGAAACAGGGCAUACUCGCUCCGCGAGUCAGCUUCCUCUUAAAGAGCUUUCCAGGCAGCCCAACAAUGUUUGCCUACAUCUCACUGGAGACUGUGUCAUUGGCUACUGUUAUCUCUAAGGUUGCCUGAAAAAUGUAGUUUUUGCAGCUGGACAUAUAAUUGCCUUCAACAAAAAUCUGAGUUCUCUGGAUUAGGAAGAAGAUAAUGGUGGAUCAUGGGUGAACGACUGGCAGUCUGUGCUCUGGAUACACAAUACAAGAAAGGAGCAUAACAUUUGAAACAGAUCAAAACUGUAGUUUCUUGACAACCGGCAACACUCCAAGCAACAGUGCUCUGCUCUGAGAGGAUGAGCAGGAGUGAAGACAUGCUGGGUUUUCUUAAGAAAUUCUUGGCAGGACUGACCUUAUUUCUGAGCCAUAUACUUGCCCCCAUCGAGAUUUUCUAGAGCAGGACCCUGGGAAGCUGCACACUUUCUUGGAAGACAUAAUCUCUUCGUGGAGGUUUGAAAUGAGAUAAGGAAGGCUGUAUCUUGCUGCUUCCCCAUCUGCUUCAUGUAUCUUUUCUCCAAUUUUCCUGCCAAAUUUUUUGGUGGAGUCUAGUUGUGUAUUUGAUCCCCAUAAAAUGUUUAUCCCUUUCAUGCACAGGAGAGGGUAAUCUCUGUGUGGAAAGGCUACUUUACUCCCCUCUGUGACUCCACCACCCAUCUAGGAAUAUCCUGGGACAAUUGCUUCUCAGAGCUGCUUCCAUAAGCAGCCUACAUCCUGGCUAAGCAAAAGCAGAAGAAACACUUCCCACAUCCAGGGCUGUCCAAAAGAACUUCCUGUGAUGACAGAAAUGUUCUAUAUCUGCAGUGCCUAAUGUGGUACCCAGUAGCCACACGUGGCUAGUGAACACUUGAAAUGUGGCUAGUGUGACUGAGGAAGUAAAAUUUGAUUUUAUUUAAUUUUAAAUAAUUUUUAAAAAUUGAAAUAAAUUAAAUAGCCACAUGUGGCUCGUGGCUAUUGUGUUGUAGAUUAUAGCACAACCCUUUCCCUUUCUCGUGUUUUAGAACUUGCUGGGAGGGGUGUGAGCAAGUCAUAUGCUGGCAUUCCAUGGUCUUCACGGUCCCAUCUUGCCAUUGAACUUGUCUCUCAGAGGAGAAAGAAAAAUGAUAUUUUGGAACUAAAUUCAAGAUGUUAACUUGACAUUUCUACAUUGCACAUAUUCCUGUAUAAAUGGAACGGUCUCCUGGGAACAGGUCCUGUGACUGAUGCUGGUGAUAACUGAUGGGAAGGUGGUGGUGCCGGUCCACUUAACAUUCCUAGUGAACAUUCUGUGCUCCUAGUCAGAGUGAGUUGGUGGAGAUUAUUUUAUUCUGUUGUGCAAUUCAUUCUGUGUUACUUUAUUUUUGUAAUACUGUGGCUGCUAAAUGAUUGUUCUGUAUCUGUUUUUCAAAAUAUUCAGUGGUUUAUAUUUUUUAAAAGGCUAUGAAAUAAAAAAAUGCUAAAUGUA